AUGACAACUCACGGUGUUGUUAUUCUCAAGGCUGCGUUUGCAGCUUGCCUAUUGCGUCCUGAUCCUACUUCUGUUCCUCGCGAUGAGAUAAGCGUGUUUCACAGUUCCCUCGAGCGCGCGUUGGUAGGGGGUCUGGUCAAAUACCUCGAAGCUCUCGCUGCAUCCUUCCCACCAUCCAAGCCCACCGGGUCCAAACCUUCUACGAAGCGCCAUGGCCUCCACAUACUGUAUUUGCUCAAUGAUCUGUUGCAUCAUUGCAAGUACCACCUAGAUACCCCGGCAACCUUCUCCACAGUGAGCGGGUCCCUGCAGCUGCAUCUCGUGAACUUGGUCGGCUACGCAGCCAGCUGUGAUCGCCAAAAGAACCCACGGUAUCAUCGACGGCUGGACAAUCUACUAGAUCUCUGGUCUGAGCACGGUUACUUUCAUCCCGAGCUAGUCAACAAACUUCGGGAAGUCGUGACUAUGGGGAUUCCCCUGCCUUCGACCGAUGCGGCGAACGGGUUAAACCCAGCAAAGAAGUCCGGCAAGAAUGUGCCCUUUGUCAUGCCAUCUACACACGGGGAUCCAUCGACACCUUGGCACGAAGUUCGUGCGGGCAACAUUUAUCCUCACAUUAUUCCCAACUCGGCUAUUCCCAUCCGACCUGAUGCCACGAAACCGAUACAGUUACUAGCAGGUCCCGCCGACGAGAAGUUGAUAGCAUCCCUUAAAGACUUCCUCAACGAUGUGAACAAGCUCUUCGACCCGGAGAUCGCUGCGGAUGAUAGAGAUGCAGACUUCGAUCCGCUGGGCCAGACAGUCAUCCGGGGUGAGAACACAGGCGACAUCCUCGAUGGCGAGCACUACCACGGAUGGUCCCUUGAAUUCUGUCAACCCGGAGAUACAGACACCGAGGACUCGCGCGGCCGAACCCGCAGCAGUAGUGGAUCACGAACCAAUAACAAGCGCCGACGCUACAGCGACAGCUCCACCAGCCAGUCCAAGUCACGAUCUCCAAGUGGAUCACGAUCAUACAGACGUGGUUUCCGUCGCCAUGACGCACGAUCGCGAGGCCGCUCUCCACGCUCACGAAGCCGCGAAAGCUCCUACACUCCUCAGGAACCGUCCACUUCACACUUCCCUCCCCCUCACCAACCUCAACAUCCCUCCGCACCCAUCAACUCCUACUCCACUGCUCAUCCCCCCAGUGGACAGUAUGCUCAUCCUCCUAUGGGUCCUGGCACCGGCUAUCCACAAGUACCUGCACCCAACUAUGGUUCUUGGCCUCCGCCUCCUCCAUACAUGCCGGCAAUGCCAUUCCCCCCACCCGGACCCGGGUCUUCAGCAUCAGCCUUCCCUCCUCCAUACCAUCCUCCUCCCAUGCAGCAAGGACAGAACCAGGGACAGCAACAGGGGUACGGUAUGCCCCCGGGUCAAUAUCACUUCCCUCCUCCUUAUUCUGGUCAGCAGGGUGGGCCAUGGGGACCUGCUCCCCAGGGCGGGCGCGGCUGGCAAUAA